CGGUCAGUUGAAACUUCUCCAAUCUAAUCGUGCGCGGAGGUAGCGCCCAGUUCCCUCCGCUGUGGCGAAAACGGGGAAAGAGGAGCAGGAAAUCAAAGGCGUCCCCCGAUUCCCUGCAAGGUCCAACGGCGGCGCCCUCCUCAUCUAUCGGAUCGACCGCUGGCCUCGCCAGCGACCUUCUCCUCCGCGCCCCAGCCCGCUCGAACGCCGCUGCCCUCCUCGCCGACGGGAUCAGAGCCGUCGGGCUCACCUCCAGCGUCUUCCUGUGCGCCCCUUCCCUGUUCUCUCCGACGAGUGCUGCUCCGUCCGCACCCACGAGAACGCCUGCACCUGCUAGAACGCCACCGCCUGCACUCGCGCGAACGCCUCCGCCCGCUCCCGGGAUUACGCCGCCGCCCGCACCCGCGCGAACUCCGCCGCCCUCCGCAAGGUAGUGAAAUCAUGCCCGCAACUCCAGAGUAUGAGAAAAACAGGUUGGCAAGGAUUGCGAGGCGCAAGGCUGAGGAGGCAGGGCCUCUUGCAAACAUACGGAACAUAGCUAGUCAAUUGCUAUAUGGCCAGAAUACAAAAGACAAACAGAGGCACAAAGGUGAUGACGGUGGUAGUGGCUCCGAAUAUGAGCCAAAUGAUGAUGAGGAGGCUGAUGAUGGCGAUGAGGUUUCUGGAGAAGAAGAGGAGCAUGAGCCAACUGUACAUAUGUCAAAGGAAAAGGAAAAUCAACCUUCGACAAAGCCACAAGGAAGAAAGCGUGCCCGGUCCAAAACCACAGUACCUACUACCACAAGAACAACAAGAGCAUCGGCAUCUAGACUUAACCAGACUGACCAUACCUUACCUAAUGACGACACAUCAGCUCACCGAACUUCGAAAGAUAGUAACUCACCCCAGGCCGAUACAGAGAUGCAACAUUCUCAAGACAUGACAAACACCUUGCGCCAAAUUGAUAACAGUGAUACACUACUGGGCCAAGAUGCUUUAGUAUGCUCUAAUGGUCCAACUAAUCCAAAAACCUCAAUGAGAGUCAAACGUAGACCAACCAUGGGGCAGGGUUUAGAUGAUUAUGCAAAAAGAAACGGAGGGAUGAAGAUGAAGAUUGAUUUCUCAGCUGGCAGAGUGAGGCCUCUUGACCCUGUCCAAGCAGCCAAGCUUGCUUCUCAAUGUGGUGUACACGUCCGCAGUAACAUCAUGCAUGUUGCUACACAUUGGAAUGAUUAUAGCAAAGAAGACCUAGCCCAUCAUAUUCCUAAAGCUAUUGGUCAUGUUGCGAAAAACUUUGAAAUGGAUCCAAAAGAUGAGGUGUCCAAAGGUGUAUGCACAAAGAUACUCCAGAAGGGUGUUCGGCAACAGCGAUAUAUCUUGAAGAGGGAUUAUUUUAAUGGUCGUACCCAUGAAGAAGCGCUAUCUCGUAAGCCACCCAAAGUUAGUCAACAUAAUUGGGAAACUCUUGUGAAUAAAUGGUCAGAUGAAAGAAACAAGAAAAUUUGUGCCAAGAAUAAGGAGAACCGAGAAGGUGUUAAGCAUCACCAAACUACAGGCUCUAGGUCUUAUCCUUCUCAUUUCCACCAACUUAAAAAAGACAAGUACAACAAUGAGGAUCCUAGUCCCAUUGAGUUUUUCAAAGAGACCCAUACCAAUAGAAAGACGGGAUGCAUGAGCACAACUGCGCUUGAAGCUUAUGUGAGAUUUCUCUCUAUUUCCGUUUAG